CGACUGUGAGAGGCUUAUCCAAGAUGGCGGACGUGCGGUUUUAGGUGGCGGAUAUGUAUGAGACGUUAGCUUAGACGUUUCUAUGCCAUCCCGCUUAACAUCUAAACGUUGCCGGAUAUGAAAAGGCACACACCUUGGAUCGCAGUCCUUCUACUCUGUGUAACUGCCGAAGUUCGCUCCAGAAACUAUCGGGGACCAUCAUGGCGUUUGCGAAAUGGUAUGCUGCUGGAGCGGAGCUUGCGUCUGCGGCCCAGCUGGACUCCCGAGAGAGGCUGGAACGAUCCAGAAGAACGAAUGGCAGAAGAGCGCCAUUUCAGGCAUGGGGAAAUUAGUCUUUCGAGUGACCGGGAGGCACCUGAACUUGGGGAGCGCAGUAGCCUUGGUGGCCCAUCCAGCGCAGAUGUUGCUGAGAGUGAUGUCUCUGGAUUAGACAACCUUGUUGAUGAGUCUGCCAUUGUAGGGGGUACCUCGAGUGACCAUGGAAGAGUUGAUAAAGCCACCCAGACCAAUUCAUCAGAAGAAGGUGUAGAAUUGGCAGCGCCGCAGGCGAAGGCAUUGAGAGCAGGACCUGAUGAUAGCCAGCACUAUGUCGUGAGGAAAUCAGCCUCCGUUAUCUCCGAUAUUUCUUUUGUAGUGCUUGUAGCAGGUUGCAGCGCGGUCGCUGUAUUUGGAGUGGUUGCGGCUGGUUACUGCUUCUACAAGGUCCAGAAGAAUGCACGUGCAGCUGCUGAUGUGGACUAUCCGGCGUAUGGGGUGACAGGGCCGAACAAAGAAGGGGCUUCUCCAACGGCUGAUCGCAAGCUGGCCCAAAGUGCCCAGAUGUACCAUUUCCAGCACCAGAAGCAGCAAAUGAUUGCCGUAGAGAAGAACCAUACUAAUCGACACACCUCAGCAUCUGAUGUGGAUACUGAGGAGGAAGAAAAUGAGGAAGGUGAUUACACAGUCUACGAGUGUCCUGGCAUGGCCUCGGGUGGCGAGUUGGAAGUCAAAAAUCCACUGUUUCAAGAUGACCAUCCGAUUGUGCUGGCCACACCAGAAGAUUUGGGCAAGACAUGCGAUGAAGAGAGAAAGAAGCGUUCACCCUAAGAAAAAAUGAUGUGCAAGGUGCCUCCUCCUUUGACCCAUUGACCCCUGCGUUGCUGCUCCUAGGUCAUCAGUGAGCACCUGUGGGCUUGUUUACCUGAAACACGUUUCCUUGAAGCGCUAAAAAGAGGUUCUUAAUUUAUGUUUUGUUUUUCUCCCAAGUAAUUUUUAAGCUUAUGUCUGUUGAAGGUGUCAUGAGCAAAGUUACAUAUGAGUUUUUAAGAAAGGGAUGUUGGUUUAGCCCAUGCUUUUAUGAACAGUUUAAACAGCCUUGCAUAUGUAUUUGGUAAACCUUGUCCAAAUCAGUGGACACUCUAGCAGCGUUGUAUGUAUUCCACGUGCAAGGUAAGUGUUUCUAUUUCCUUCUUUGUAUCAAUAUUUUUGGAUGCUUUCGUAAGUUAGGCUAUGCUUUUAUUUUUAUCCUAAAUCCUUAGUUAGUGAGAAGAAUAUGUGACAGAUAAAUGAGACUAACUGUAAACUGCUUAGAAAGUCACUUCUGUCUGUUCACACAAUUGAGAGAAUAAACCCACUUGUCAUUGAUGCUGUAAGUGUGCACAGUUGGAUGACAGUGUGUACUUGUUUGAAAUAUUGGCUAUAAGUCUAUGAAUUCUUUUCAUCUGCAAUAUACUGAGGAACUGUAGCUGCUGCUUAUUGCACAUUGUUGCUGCACCAAAGUGUUUUUUUUCCCCCCUUUUUUUUCUGUUUUUUAUUCUGCAUAUGAUAGUGUUCACAACCACUUCUGUUUACAUUUGCACUUGGCUUUUGCAAGCCAUACUUUUUUUUUUUCUCUCAUAUAAAAGAUAUUGUAUGGUUUAAUGGCAAAAAAAAAUGCAGUGGUUGAUGCUGGGUGCAUUUAUAAGCGUUUUAGCUUGCUGUCCAGCUACUGAUGUCGUAGGCACAUUUGAGUCAACUUUCCAUGUUUGAACUUUUACCUUAUAUAGUUUUUGUCCUGCAUUUAUUUAUCUUUGAUAUUUUUUUCUUUUAAGAGCUUGAAAAAUUUGAAACUGCUGUGUUUUCUUUUGUUAUUAUUUAUGUAUGUACGUUCAUAGUGUUUUGCCAUGCUUACUGCGAUAAACUUUAAAAAGAGUUUUCUAGGCACUUGCUGUCAGACGAUUUUUUUAGAUAUAGUUGUUAAAACAACCCUACUGGUUGUAUAUUCUGCAUUGUUGAACUUAGCUUAGCUUUCACUGGGAAGUGUUGUUUUCCCUAGGGGUGUUGAAGAUGGAAACCAGAGUUUUAUCUCCUGCACUACCAUUCAAAAUUAUGUGAUGUGCUAUGACCCCACAUGUUUAACCUGUUUUUCUCACAAGUGCAUGGUUGUUUUUGCCAGCUUUGAAGGUUGCCUCCUGGCUGUGCAGGACUUUUGUCCAAAAGGAACAGUGUAUGAGUCUUUCAGUUACUGUGCUGUCGCCAUGGGCAUUUUACAACCAGUUUAUAACUCUGCAGUGGCUAAUAAUAAGUGACGUCUGCACCAUAGCUACAUUCCACUUUCAUGAAAUGGACAAUGUGUGCUAUUCAGGGACAACAGUUUUAAAGUUAUAUCAUGCUUUUGGUUGCAGAUAUUAUGUGAUUUAAUUCUUCUAAAGCUCCGAAUGCUUAAUUGUGAUGAUGCAAAGACAUUCAGGGCUGGUAACAGUGUCAGGGGAAUCUGUAGUGUUACACCUUUGGGGGGCCACAAUGAGGCACAUUAUUCUCUCGGAAACAAAUUUGCUCAUUCAAAAGUUCUGUACUGUUGUCACAGAUUUCGGCUCUCUUAUGUGCAACUUAAAAGUGUGUGCAUAGGGCUGCAGUCACACAAAUUUAAACAUACUGCAAACUUUUUUACCUAUGCCAGUACACUACACACAUUUGUCACCACGUGGCUUGAAACUUGGAAGUAACAAGCAGGCCUUGCAAACCAAACAAUCAGCUUUCCUGCAGCACUAGUCCAAUUUCUUUCUUUGGCAUUGAGCGACUUUACAUGAAUGCACACCAAUCAUGCUGCGAGCGCUGUCAGCUGCAUCCAUCUAGUCACACUUUGAUUCUCAACACCUCACAGCUUGUCAUGCAGAUUUAUUCCAGUAUUCACCCAGUGCAGUGUUGAAGCACCAAAGUGAAUGAUAUUCUAUUUUGUAAGUGUAUAUUUGUGUGUCGGAGACUGGUUGCAGUGGAUCUGAAAGACUGAGGAACCUGCUAUUCUUGUACUACAGCCAAAAGCAUUGCAGUCUUUGGCAGUAGUGCAAUAAUUUGCUGAUAGCACAGUAUAUUUUGUAUUUUAUUUUGUAGGCAAUAUUCUUGUCAGCUCCUAGGACUCUCUCUCACUAGCCCUCCCCCCCCCCUUUUUUUUUCCUUCCGGUUUUUGUUUAUGCUGCUAGUUUUAACUGCUUUCUUGUUUUAAAUUUAUUGCUUGCCUCACCUGGCCAGCAUGGAUUACAAAUUAUUAUUGAAGCAGGCAUAUCCCGAUAAGCAGGAGCUCUCUGUUGUUUUACUCUUUUAAUGUCAUGCAGGUACACUGCAAGCACCGUCUUUCCGCUAGUCCUAUUAUUCAGGGUCAAUAGAUAUUGUGCGUAGAGGUAUGUUAUAUAUAUACAUAAAAUAUGCAUGAAUAAAUGUUUAUAUAUUCGGUCUCCCAUCCCUGGCACCCUUCCAGUAUGGGUAUAAAUUAAGAAGUGGACCUUAUUAUGUUAUCUUACAGCCUCAUACCUUUGGAAGCAGGAAACAAGUCUUUGUUUUGCUUGAUUGGCUGUUUGUUUUAAAGUUCUAAUUUUGGUAAGAAACUCGUACCAUUUUUUUGUAGUAUGCUAGCGCACUUUUUUUUUUAUAUGUGUAUAUACAUACCUGCCAAGUCUCCCGGAUUUGGACCAUUUCUUCCGGUUGUACGGUUGAUAGGAAAAUCCCCCGAAAAUUGCAGUUGUGUCCCGUUUCUAUCCGCGUCCAGCGCUUUGCCAGGCCACACUGGCAAAAAGAAUACAACGCAGUUGGAAGUUGAUCGCGCAAAACAUCGUUAGGGUGAACAUUGUUAUGAAAGAAGUAGGGAUACCCUAUACAUGCGCUAUUCCGUUAACCGCGGAGCCGCUUUUUACGCUGACGGGGUGGUUGGGUGCCCUAGUGGCCCUAGUCUCAUUAAGUUAGUGCGCGAAUGCGGCGUUCCGCAACUCGCAACACUCGACUGGCCAUCGUUCUCCUCGGCAUCAGCCGCUCUGGCAUUGCGUAGGCCUACGGUCAGUCGUGGCCUUAACACCAUGGAGCGCUAGCGCAAGAAAUUUUUAAUGUAGGGCUCAGCCGAAGUGACGCUGAGUAUUUUGUUGAUACCACAGAGCAAUGCAGAGUGCGAGAGGCAAUUUAACAUCGGGAAAAAAUAGGACGCAGUGCCGCUCGUCCAUGUUUCACUCGUCUAAGACGCUGGGAAACAUCAUCCUCUCAAAAUGUGAAAGAAAUAAUAUUUAUUACAAUCAAACAUCAUCUGAAGAAUUUUUGGACACCCGCCGUGGUUGCUUAGUGGCUUUGGCAUUGCGCUGCUAAGCAUGAGUUCGCGGGAUCAAAUCUCGGCCGCAUUUGUUGGGGGCGAAGUGCAAAAACGCCCGUGUGCCGUCCUUUGGAUGUACGAACCUCAGGUGGUCGAAAUUAAUUUCCCACAAUGGCGUGCUUUGGAUGGUGGUUGUAGAACCCGAGAAUUUAAUUAGUAACAACGAAAUGCUUGCAAAAAUGAGACCUUGAUGGUCAUGUGGUCAUAUCUGUAACUAAAUUGUGAUUAAGUUCUCCUCUCACUACUAGUCGGUGUUGUAAACGACUGCCCCCCCCCCCCCCCCCCCCCGGCAGCAGGUCUCCCGGGUUUAGUUUCUUCGAACUUGGCAGGUAUGUAUAUAUAUUCAGCAGCAUUAAUAUUCUGUUUAAGCAGUGUGCUUAAUUAAUCGGAAUUGUUUAGACACAUUAUUUGGAAAUCGUGUUCAUUUGGGCUGCUUAGUACAUCUUUAACAGCAGAAUUUAAACAGCGCGACACAAUACACAGAUAAAAACCACAGGACAGCACUCUGUCCUGUGGUUUUUGUAUUUGUCCUGUUUCGUGCUGUUUACAUACCUGUAAAGCUUUUGUACGUAUGUUUUUCUUCAGAUUAUGCAAAUGCUAUUCUCUUGUAUUUAUAGGUAAUAAGGUUCAAAGGUUUUAUCCUAAUUGCUGUGUGUAUGGACUUUAUAUUAUAAAGUUUCGUAAGCAAUUGUGACCUCCUGAUAGGCAACAAUUUGGUGAAAGCAUUAGCAUUUUAUGCUUACAAUUGACAUUGUAGCAAAAUGUUAUAAAAGUGGUGACUAUGUAUUUAAAGAAAAAAUUUUAAGAAUUUUACAAAAAUAAUAGUCACACAGUGGCUGCGGCAGCCUUAACUUCAACACAGGAACAUUUGUGUAGGUUCCACCAUGUUGCCAUAGUAAAAAUAAGGUGGGGGCUGUUUUGUGCAUACUGACCAUUCCAAAUAGACACCAGCAUCAUUUCUGUUAGUUUUGGCACUGCACACUUUAUGGUCAAGUUCAUAUGUUCAUGUUGAUAUGUUGGGUGUGAAAACAAUGGGCAAGAGCAAAACAAAGCAGUGCACACUUGUAGUGUUCUUCUCUGUUCUACGUUCUUAAUGUUGUUUUCAUGGUGAACCUACCAACGUUACAUUUUCACUAUUGCUGUUUUUAGCCUGAGCUGUAAAACUUGCAAUGCCUUGCGUUGGGUUGAUCGCAUCAUGAAAAUGUUGGGCCUCUGGCUAUGCAGAGGGUGGCUUUUCACCCACUGGAAUAGAGCUUGUUUUUCUUUUUUCCUCUCCUUUUGAAUUCAGGAUGCACUGCAACAUGGCAUUAUGCAUCCUAUAUGUUGAAACACAUCUCUCUCUCACUCUUUUUAAUGGCUAAUGAAGAGAAACAAAGGCUUGUGACAUACUGCUUUGACCAACCUACUUAUAUUCUUGAUUGCAACUUGUGCUGCACCCAGGCAAAACAUUUGCACAUGACAUUGUCUUUUUGUAUGUUUGCGUGAGUGUACUUUUCAUUAAGAUCUGGUCAGGGCAUCCGUGCGCACAUGGAAUGCUUGCAGAUUGUGGCAGCCAGUGGCUUUCUUCCUCUCCCCCCCCCCCCCCCCCCCCCCCACUUGGCUAGAAUUACAAUAUGGCAAUAUGCCAUUUUGGGUACCAGUGAAAAAGCUUACAUGAUGACAUAAGCAUACGAGAAUGAAGGUUCAAGUGAAAUUUGUGUCCUUGCUUUUUGAAGUUUGAGAGCUUAAUUACUCAUGCACCAUUCUGCACAUCUUGUAGUUUAAAGCCUCUCAAGUAUACAGAAAUGCUUGCUUUCCUAAUUAAAAUUAUAUUUUUGUGCCAGGGAAAAUCGGCGAAUAAGUCGCAAAAGGCUACUUCUGUAAUGUGCAUAUAAUUAUAUAAAACUUCGUUUUAUGUAUUUACUGGUAUUUCUCCCAGCAUUCCGCCUGCCUGCUGUGUGUUUACAUACCAGUUAAAUUUUUUAAAGCUGUCUCAUGUUUAGCUUCAUUUGUUGCUUUACCAGCUGUAAUAUGUGCUAACAUGUAGUUCAGUAUAAGCUUCAAGCAUCAAUUAGGAGGACAUGACCGGGCCUAUGAGUAAAAAAAGAACCUUAGCAUAUCAUGAUAACACAAGCUCUUGUCUAAUUGAAUACUGAAAAAAAAAAAAAUGUUGAUGUCCAAUUCUUGAUCAUUACUACUGAGAACUCACCUUGGCAAAAAAAUAAUUUGGAGUGUGAAAUUAUGUAUUCAGUACCUGUGUGGUGGAAACAGCUGCCAGAAUGUUUUGUACUGCUUUUGUUGGAUCACUGGCAAAUUGCAGUAAGAUAUGGUUUAGUGGCAGAGCAGACUGACAGCUUUAAUGAAUCUCAUGCAAGCUAAGAGAGAACUGUAUGGUUUAAAGCACAAUGUUAAUUAUGGUUAAAGAGGCUAACACAGGUGUAUGUAGCCACUGAGGCUUAAAGGGCCCCUAAACCACCCAGAGGUCGAAAUUUAGUUGUGUUGAAGUUGUGCACGAGUCUACAGUGAACUUGUAGCGCGAGAAUUUUUCGAAAUGAUGCUGUAAUAGCAGAGCUACACGCGUUUGAUCGAAACACGGCCCCCGCUCGUUUCGCUCUUUCCUUCGCUACUCUCCUCGCCGAGUGCUCCUCGAAAUGUCAUGUGACAUUCCUCGUCGCCAACGCGCUUCUCAAAACACUGUCCAUUUCCAGUUAAGCCUAGAGUGAUUUAAGGCACGUCCGCGCUAACGGCAAAUAUGCCGACGGUGAACCGACCUCCAGUGCCAUAGAACAUCUGCCGCGCAAGAGGUGUCCGAAGUAUAUGGCAGUUCGGCCAGCGCACCGCCCGCUGCACGAUCGAGGCGGAUCCACGGGCCAAUCGACGACGUGCGAAGCUGCGCGCUGCCGGCGACGAAAACAUCGGCUGCAGCUUCUGUUCCAAGCAAAAUUAUUUCCGCUAGAUAAAGCGAUGCAUAAGUUGUACAUUUUAUGAAAAACAAUAUCUGCUGUCAAACGUUUAACAUGAACGAGAGCUCCGAUGCUUGUCGAGCUCAGCUGCAGCGCACGGCUACCGACGGGAGAUGACCGGCUCGGUUGUGCUCGCUUCGCAGCGGACGGCACUCCUAAUAUCAGCGUAUUUUUCUUUUUUGUGUACAAUUAUUGCGAAGAGCGACAACAAUGACACGAAAAUAUUGUGGCUCGUGAGUGUCGGUAAGCCAAUCCAAAGCGCUGUCCGCUUUAGCUUUGAAGAGAACCGGAAAAGGCUUAGCGACGAUAUCUGCGUCAUCGAGCGAUCAGCGGCGGUGAUCGAGGCUGCCGCACAAGGGACGUAUUCUGAAACGUUACACUUCGGCGAUAUUUCGCUUUUCGCCUUCAGAUGCGUGCUCAUUGACUGGUUGAGCAAAAUUUAAUGGCGCCGGGCUCAACCAGCCAAUCAGCUCAUCCAAUUUUGCUAAAACAGCCAAUCAGCACGCGCCUAAAAGUGAAAAGCAAAAUAUCGCCGAAGUGGAACGUUUCAGAAUAUGUCCCCAAAUAAGUCCUGGUCUCAUCCUCUCUACGGCAAGGAAAUCUCGCCGUUCACGGGCAAAACCGCUGUCGAACGGCGGCCCGCGAAUGGCAAACGGCGUGCGGCGACUUACCGUGCUGGUAACGCAAACGGGCCUCAGCCGCGACUCAGCGCUUCUCGGCUACCCGCUGUUGUUGCUGUGCCGGCCCGUGCUCAUGCAAAGCGUGCCGCUAUGGACCCUGUGUUGCGUGCACAUCUAGAAAGGCCAAUACCGUCGAACUCUGUUCACGCAACUAAUCAGAUCGCUAAGCACGACUGUGUCGGAACAUGAGCGAUUUCGCACUUGCGUUGCGGGCUGUAAUUACCGAUUCGCAAGCGCGCACAAGCGAGCAACACGACGAGGAAGAGCAGGGAGCGUGUACCUGCUGACAGACUAACCGGAAAUCUUAGGUUGUUUCUCAACCAAUCGACAUCGUCGACCCAAUUUACAUCACCAGAUGUACCCUGGUGACAUCGUGACGACCGCUGGGAAUAUCGGAAAGGCCAAGAGAGAAGGACAACAUUGUUUUUUUUUUUAUUUUGUGCAGCGUUUGGCUGCAGCGUUUGGCAUCGGUGACCGUGACGGCAUUUUGAACUCGAUGCGCAUGUUUACUUGAAAUGUUCAAGAAAUAUCUCAGGUGGUUUAGGGGCCCUUUAAAUAUGACCUCAAGUGAUUAGAUUCGUAAAGAUUCGUUGGAAGAUGACUUUUAGGCUGUGGAAUUAUUAAAAGGAUGUGGGAAACCAGCAAACCAUUAUUACAGUAUUUCCGUAAAUUGGUCGACACUCUUAUUGACCCUCUUUGCGGCAAUCCCAUGGGCGCUGCCAUGUUUGACCAUGGGGUGACGCGUCCAUUGCUUGCCUCAGCUGCCUCUACAAUGGAAGUACAUGACGCCCUGUGCGCCUCAGGAAACCUCUGUUUCGGGAGAUGUCGUAGACGCUGACUGGGUGGUCGAUACAAAGCUUUGGCCACAGCUUCAGCGGACAUGUAAAAGCGCUUUUGGAGCUCAAUGAGCUUUGUUCAAACGGCGUGAGCAGCGUAAAUGGUGCUUGUUCUAAAAAUGAGGCUAAAAAUGUAUUCCAAGCUAUCCAAGCUUAUCGCUUAGGAAUUGAAUCAAGCUCAGUGUGUUUUGCUCUUAGUUCUUUAUUUUGCACAUACUUAGAAGCAGCUUGUCACGUUUCUGACUCGGUGAAGUUCGUCGGUGCGGUCACUAUCUGAUUAUUUUCUGCCUAAUCGCUCACGGGUGUGCUUAGUUGCAAUACAUUUGUUCUUGCUGCACACAAGGCUUGGAACGUAGCUGUUAUGUUCAUUGUAAUAGCUUGUAGCAAAUAUGUAGUUGUCGCUAGUAACUCGCUGACUCCUGUGGACCGUCGCGAAACAUUCAGAUUCGACCAUUCGUGUGCUGUUGGUGUAGUCACUGUUACCCAUGCUUUGGCGCAUUGGUUCAAGUGUGCGCCCAUUCACAUAUUUUUAAUAUAUUGGUGAUAGUGUGUGCGUAAGUUUGCAUGCGAGUUGGGGUAGAUGUGUGUAAAUAACGUGUGCGAAACUUACUAUGCCAGGUAACGGCGCUACUCCCUUCCUUUGUCAUAGUUUAAUGAGCGGUACUCACUCCUGCCAACGUUCCAGGGUUGAAGUCUUUGGAGGUUAGCGAUAUAAUACUGACAUGAAUUAUUGUGAAAAGUGAAUUGUUUUUUUAUCCACCAGGAAAGUGGUACAUUGAGAAGAGUUGGCAACAGAGGCUGUCCGUAUGUAGCAACGGUCCGGGAAUUCCAUUCCUUAAUAUGCCACUCACUAUUUUUACAGCCAACUACCGCACACGUCUUCCCUUUAUCGUUACACAUUUUGCAGCGUGAAUUGGGCACAGUGCUCUAGCGAACACCUAUUUGCAUUUCUGACACCUGAUCGCACGGAAGCAGGGCAGAAGCGGUAAUGGUUUCGUAUUCGUGUGCUUUCGCUGAGGCAACGUAUGGCGCGCCGCCGAAAGCGCCAUCUUGUUUCUCGAGAACAAACUGCUCCACGAAAAGGGUCAAUACUAUAUGCGAGUGCCCUGUGCGGAAUUGGCAAAGUGCUUCACAGAAUCAGUUUUUCUGCCUGGCAGUUCUUGCAUUCAAAAUGACUGUUGAGAUAAGGUGAAUGUAUUUUUGUUGGGGGAAGUCAUGUAAAAAAACAGUGUCUUUCAGUCAAUUGUUUCAAUAUAUCCUGCCUCUACCCUGAGACGGAGAGCUGUACUUGGGGAUUGAACGUUGGGAUUUCAAGGUUAAUGAUUAGUACAACCAGAUUGUAUAAUCUGCUUCUUCACCCAGUUACUACCUGGCCCAUUGAACAACUCUACUGACUAUAUAUAUAUAUGGUGUUCUUUGUUUAGGUAAUACAGAUUUUUUAAUAAAAAGGCUAUAAGCGCAGCGAACGUGUCAUUUUUGCAGAGUUUCUAGCUGAGGUGGACAUACUUUGCCACUAAUAAUGUGGGCUUCAGAAGACUAACAUUUUUUAGUUAACUUUUUUAUUAGUGCCUUAGGGGCAAUUGUUUAAAUGGCGAAUUUAAAGGCAGUAGCAUAUAAUGCAACCUCAUUUUUUUAAAUCUUGAAAGUCUCACCUAAUUAAAGAUAUUUAUCAAUGGAUUUGGACGAUAAAUCCAGGCAAUAAUAAAAGCAAGCGCCGCGGGAGCACAGAAAAGCUGGCCCCACUAUCACGACAAGCGUGAGGAAGUUUGAAGCCAAACGUCUCGGCCACCGCGGCAGUUACUGAUAUGGUGCGCUUUGCCUGGCAAGCAUGUGCAGCUGUGUGUCAGGUAAGGAUUUGCCACAGCAUGCUAUAAUUCAAACUUCACCCCACACUUCUUUAUGGGGCGCUGCUGUCUGAUGCGCGUGCAGCAGGACGCACUCAGUCUCGAUAUUUCGAUUGAGCUUUGGAAAUUAUGAUGAAUAUCUCGAAUUAUGUGCAAUUUUGGUGGUGUGCAUGGAAAUGUCUGUCUCCAUAUUUGCCAUUUAGACAACUGCUUUCAAGGCACCAAUAAAAAAAAAAAUUAAUUAUUCUUAUGAAGCUCACAUUAUUAGCGGGAAAGCAUGUCCGUCUCGUCUAGGAACUUGUCUACAAAAACACCACAUUUGCUGCGCUCAUUACUUCGUCCUGCAGUGGACAUAAAUAUAGGCUGAUGAUUAUGAUAUACAAAGUAUCUAGCAACCUUGAAAGCAAGGAAAACUUGGAAUUGUCAGAGGUGUGUAGCAAUUGGAAGAAAGCAUGGAAUUGCAAGGGUUGCUACUUUUCGGUUGUGGAGAUUUAAUUUGCUCAAAUAGUUCAGGGAAACCUGGAAAAGUAGAAUUUAGAAGGAUGGAUUUACUGGAUCCUUUAUGUAGAAUCUUGGCACUGUUAUUGUAUGGCCUCAAAUAAGAAGAGCCUAACUCACUUAAUGCUGGUACAGUUUCCUGUUGUUCUUGGAGCGACGUGAUGCCCUGCACCAUUUUUCUCUUAUUCUGGCACGUUGGUUGCACUGAACUGGUUGAAAGUUUGAACUUUUUAGUCAAAAACAUUGGGAAAGUCAUUCUAUUGCCCACCGUGCUGGCUGCAUUGAGCAUGCAUACAUUGGCAACUUAUAUCACUGGUGUUUAAUGUUGCAAAGUGUGCUGCCCUCUGUAGUGGGCUCGUUAAACACCCACUGCACAGCAUUGCAGUUAGUUGCACUUGACAUGUGCUGAUAAGCCAAUUCAUAUCACACUGUGAACAGUUGGCACUGUUGUUGGGAUAGACCCCUCUUUCUUUUAUCUCGUGAAUUCUUACUGUGUCAUAUAUAUAUAUAUAUAUAUAUUAUAUACAAGACUUGUACUAUCCAUUUGUGUCUUGAUCUGUGAAUAUGGUCUUAAGCAUGAAAUAAAAGUUCUGCAAUCUC